UUAACUGAAUUGCCUUCAAAAUUUCAUUCUUCCCGUGAUACAACACAAGACCUUGCAAUGGACACAACGCCACCAUGCAACCUUCACUUUGUGUUCAUCCCCUUCAUGGCACCUGGUCACAUGCUUCCUCUAGUAGACAUGGCAAAGUUGAUGGCACGGCGCAAUGUGAAGGUGACCAUAGUCACCACACCCCUCAACGCCCUCCAAUUCAGUGCCACCAUCCAGAGAGAGAUUCAAUCUGGCUCACCCAUUCAAAUUCAAGUUAUUCAACUAGUUAGAUUCCCCGAUGGAAUUCCAAAGGGGUGUGAGAGCCUAGAAUCUCUGCCUUCAAUGGAUGUAAUGGCCAUGGAGAAGUUUGUCAUAGCCUUAAGCAUGUUGCAAAAUCAGCUAGAAGAGCUUAUUGGAAAGCUAACACCCUUUCCAUGUUGCAUUGUAUCUGACAAGUACUUUCCUUGUGUUGUUCAUAUAGCUACCAAGUUCAAGGUCCCUAGAAUAGUAUUUGAUGGGACUAGUUGCAUCAACCUCUUGUGCAGCCACAACUUGCAUGCUUUUAAGGUUCAUGAAACUGUCUUUGAUUCAGAUAACUUUAUUUUCCCCGGAUUACCCCACAGAAUUGAAAUGAAGAAAUCUCAGUUGCCUGUGGAAUUUGGGCCUGGCCCAGACCAAAAGCUGAAUGCUUUACGUGAGGAACGGAGGGUGGCUGAAGCAGAAGCAUAUGGGAUAGUGGUGAAUAGUUUUGAAGAGUUGGAAGAAGAGUAUGUUAAGGAGUAUCAAAGGGUCACAGGGCGUAAGGUGUGGUGUGUUGGACCUGUGGUACUGUCAAACAAGGAUGACUUGGACAAAGCUCAGAGAGGUAGCAAAAGAAACACAAAAGAUGGUGAAGUUGAUUGUGCGAAGUGGCUUGAUUCAUGGCCUGAAAGGUCGGUGAUUUAUGCUUGCCUUGGUAGCCUUAACCGUGUGGCACCUAAACAAUUGAUGGAGAUUGGUUUGGGGUUGGAAGCAACAAAUAGACCAUUCAUUUGGGUGCUGAGAGGAGCAUAUAGGAGUGAUGAAAUGGAAAGGUGGUUUUUGGAAGAGAGAUUUGAAGAGAGGGUGAAAGAGAGAGGGGUUUUGGUUAGGGGUUGGGUGCCACAGAUGUUGAUAUUGUCACAUGGAGCUAUAGGAGCAUUCUUCACACAUUGUGGAUGGAAUUCCUCAUUGGAAGCCAUUUGUGCUGGUGUGCCUUUGGUCACAUUUCCUAUUCAUCAUGAUCAGUUUUACAAUGAGAAGUUAGCUGUGCAAGUGGCCGAGAUUGGUGUAAGUGUGGGAGCUGAAAGUGCUAUUAAUCUUGGAGAGGAAGAUAAGUUUGGUGAGUGUGUUAGAGUGAAUAGGAACAAUGUUAAAGAGGCUAUAGAGAAGGUAAUGGGUGAAGGUGAAGAAAAGGAAAAGAGAAGGGAAAGUGCUAGAAAGUAUGCUGACAUGGCAAAGAAAGCAAUGGAGAAAGAUGGAUCUUCUUACUGCAACAUGUCUAUGCUGAUUGAUGACAUAUCACAAUUCCAGUUGCUAAACAAAAGCUAAUCCACAAUGGAGACCAAAUGCAUUAUGUGUUGUGGGAAGCCUUUGCUUUAACACAUUUAUAUUUGGUAUCGGAAGCAUUGUUUCUAUGUUUUGGUGGAAAUUGUUAGUAGUUCCUUGUUUUUGGUUUUAUUUGUAAUAAAUGUUGGAGGAUAUGCCAUAUGGCAUGGCAUCUAUGGUGUACCUCACGUUAGAGGGUCAGGAGAGGCUUGCGGUUUAAGUCUGAGUUGUAUGUAAGCUACUGUUAAGAUCCACAGAAACUUGUAUGGUUAGGUGGAUGCAGUUGUGAGCUUCUUGGAAUAUAUAUGCUUUGCU